AGGCUAGGCUGCAACCCGUAGGCGGAGUCGGCUCAAAUGGGCCUGUCUCCCCCGCUUUUAAUACAGAUGCGAUCCUCUGUUCGCCUGGCGUCCAGCACCGAGCGAGGCGAGCGAACCGCAGGCAGCGGACGUACAGAGAGAGAAAGAGAGAGACCGGCAAAACAACACCAUGACAGCACCGAACACAUACGACGUUAUUGUGAUCGGCGGAGGAAUAUCAGGGCUGAGUGCAGCUAAGCUGUUGAAGGAGAAAGGGCUGAGUCCUGUGGUUCUGGAAGCUAGAGAUCGGGUUGGUGGACGGACCUUCACCGUACGGAAUGAGCAGACUAAGUAUGUUGACCUGGGUGGGGCCUACAUCGGGCCUACACAGAAUCGGAUCCUCCGAUUGGCUAAAGAGUACGGAGUCGAGACCUACAAAGUCAACGAGGAGGAGAGGCUGGUGCAUUAUGUAAAGGGAAAGUCCUACCCAUUCAGAGGCUCUUUCCCCCCCAUGUGGAAUCCAUUUGCCCUGAUGGACUACAACAACCUUUGGAGGAAGAUGGAUGAGAUGGGCAGCGAGAUCCCCAGAGAGGCUCCAUGGAGGGCUCCCCAUGCUGAGGAGUGGGACAAGAUGACCAUGAAGCAGCUCUUUGACAAGAUCUGCUGGACCAAUUCUGCGAGGCGGUUUGCCACUCUGUUUGUGAACGUGAACGUGACCUCUGAACCCCACGAGGUGUCUGCCCUGUGGUUCCUCUGGUACGUCAAGCAGUGUGGAGGGACCAUGAGGAUUUUCUCCACCACCAACGGAGGACAGGAGAGGAAGUUUGUGGGCGGUUCCAGCCAGAUCAGUGAGUGUAUGGCCAAGGAGCUGGGUGAGUGUGUCAAGAUGGAAUCUCCCGUCUACAGGAUCGACCAGACAGGGGACAUGGUCGAGGUUGAGACUCUCAACAAGGAAACAUACAGGGCCAAGUAUGUGAUUGUGGCGACCGCCCCUGGUCUGAACCUGAAGAUGCACUUUAACCCCGAGCUGCCCCCGCUCAGAAACCAGCUGAUCCACAGGGUCCCCAUGGGCUCUGUCAUUAAGUGUAUGGUCUACUACAGAGAGAACUUCUGGAGGAAGAAAGGGUACUGUGGCACUAUGGUGAUCGAGGAGGAAGAGGCCCCCAUCAGCUUGACUCUGGAUGACACAAAGCCUGAUGGGACUGUGCCCGCCAUUAUGGGCUUCAUCCUGGCCCGCAAGUGUAGGAAGCUAUGUGAACUGACCAGAGAGGAGAGGAAGAAGAGGAUCUGUGAGAUCUACUCCAGAGUGCUGGGCUCAGAGGAAGCUCUGCAUCCUGUGCACUAUGAGGAGAAGAACUGGUGUGAGGAGGAGUAUUCUGGAGGCUGCUACACUGCUUACUUCCCCCCUGGUAUACUCACCCAGUACGGCAAGGUUAUCAGGAAGCCAGUAGGCAGACUGUACUUUGCAGGCACAGAGACAGCUACUGAGUGGAGUGGCUACAUGGAGGGGGCUGUUCAGGCAGGGGAGAGGGCCGCCAGAGAGAUCAUGUGUAUGAUGGGCAGGAUUCCUCAGAAUCAGAUCUGGCAAACAGAGCCUGAAUCAAUGGAAGUCCCACCACUCCCAUUCGUUACCACCUUCUGGGAGCGGAACCUCCCGUCGGUGGGUGGGUUCAUCAACUUCCUGGGCGUAGCCUCUGUCCUGUCUUUUGCCACGACAGCAGGCCUUUUGGCCUAUAAGAAGGGGCUUCUCACCCGGAGCUAAACCUAAACCCCUCCCACUUUCCUCAUUCUUCUCUCCUGUAUCUCUACAGAGCAAUUCUCCAAUGGCACCCUAUUCCCUGUACAGUGCACUACUUUUGACCAGAACAAGAGUAUUGCACUACUUUUGACCACAUGUGGCUAUGGUUCUAAAGUAAAGCACUAUAUAGGGAACAGGGUGCCAUGUUAGACGUAGCCACUGUGUUAUAGGCCUUGGUAAAGACUGUUUAACUCUGUCAUUCACUACUGUACCAUCGCCCCCAUCCAUUGUUCUAAAACUAGUGUAAACAGUCUCCCAACAGACCAUCUCUCAAGACCAACUCACAAUAAUGGUGUCUGUUCUGCUAAGAUUUGUGUCUUUGACACCUUAGACUUGUGAUGGAAGAUGUGAGUAGAUAGAGAGAAAGAGUGUGCAUGUGAGAGAGAGAGAGAGAGGGGGGGGGAGUGAGAGAGAGAGCAAAAUAAACCAAAAUAAGUCUGAUUCAGACUCUUUAACCAAUGAAGGAUGACAACUAAAUCAGAGUUAAUGAAAAAGAAACAGUAGCUUUUCUGAUGACCAUUAUCAUUCCAGAAAUUGCCAAUAAAUUCACAAACCUGCGUUGACUGUUU